AUGCUCACCCGACCCGUUUCACAGGCUGCGUCAUCAGCGGCCUCCGAAAUUGAAGAAAGACUCGACUCUCCCGUGUCUGUCACGCUUCCUGAAAAAAGCGGUGCAGCGUUUACGUUAAUCCCAGCCCGGCUGUCAUUCUCAGUCCUGGUAAAUCAGGUGGCUUCGGCUUCAUUGGAGCUUCGCAACACUGGCACGGUGGCAUUUACUUUCUUGUGGACCCCUGAGAAAACAGCGUGUGACACUUCCAAUGAUCUCUUCAUUAGUAAUGACGAGGGCAUCCUUUUUCUGCCAGCGGAUACAGCAGGUGAGUGA